UCUCCACGGCAACCGCCGAGUGGCGUCUCCACGACCGACCGCUCGCCUGACGCGCGCUGCUCCGCCACCGUUCGACGCCCCUCCGGCGUCGCAGGACAUGUGACCCUACUCACAAGCGAGCUGUCGCCGAGGUCAGAGAUGGCGCCAAACUCUGAGGAGGAUGGCUCGCGACUUUCCACUGUUCAAGAUGCCGGCUGGAGCCUCGAGGAAGCCAACAAGGAGCAGCUUCGGCCGCCAGUGUACAACCCGGAGGACUACGCGGCGGCGCUGCGCAAGUGGGGGCGCCGCGGCACGGGGGGCGCAGCGUCCGCCAUGCCUGGCGUCGCGGCGCUGGCGGCGGACGGGGGUUCCCCGCGCGACCACCACCGCCGGCACGGCCACGGCCACGGCCACGCGACCUCGCAGCACCAGCAGCCGCCGCAGCAGCAGCCAGAGAUGAGUCUGCGCCAGUUCAGCAGCGCCUCGGAGCUGCUGGCCAAGCUCAGGGCCGACCUCCGGCUCGCUUACCCUAGCUUCGUGCAGGAGUUCAUCGGCGACCCGCUGGACGGCGUGACGCUGCUGCUGGAGCUGCUGCGCGCCGUGCAGCAGCCGGCGCCGGGGCAGGGCGGCGGCGCGGGGACGGGCCCCGGGGGCGGCGGGGGCGGCGCCGGGGGCGGGCGGCGCGCGCUGCUGGACGAGCUGGCGUGCCUGCAGUGCCUGCACGCGUGCCUGCGGCUGCCCGACGCCGCGCGCCGCCUCGCCAGGUCGCCCGCCGGCCUCUACACGCUCGCCGUCUGCGUCAUGAGCAACGCCACAAAGUCCAGGGUCAUCGCGCUACAGCUGCUGACGCGCGCCUGCGAGCCGCCGGGUUGUGGCCACGCGGCCGUGUCCGAGGCGCUGUCGACGCUGCGGCUGCGGCUGGCGGAGCCGGUGCGCUUCCGCCUGCUGGCGGGGAUGCUGGGCAGCGCCGGCGGCUGCCCCGACCUGCCCGCCGCCGGCCUGCGCUUCCUCAACACCCUGCUGGAGACGGCGCCCGGCGAGCAGGCGCGCCUCUACCUGCUCGCGGAGCUCCGCCAGGCCGGCUUCCAGCCACACGCGCUCGCCCAGGUGCUGCCCGCGGGCUCGGCGGCGGCGCAGCAGCUGCAGGCGGAGCUGUCGCGCUGGCAGCGCAACCAGGUGGACGUGGCGCAGCUGCAUGCCCGGGCCGCCGCCGCCGAGGCAGAGUCGCGCGCGCUGCGCGAGCAGGUCGCCAUCCUCGAGCAGCGGGUACAGAUUCUGCAAGAGGAGAAAGGGGUGCUCGUGUCACUGGAGAGGUGCCUGAAAGACCGCUGUUCGGAACUGGAGGCGACAGUUAAGAGGCAGCAGCAGCAGCAACAUCAACAGCAGCGCCAACAGCAGAAACAGACGGACGCGGGGGGCGGCGGCUCGACUCCCGCCGAGGACGAGGGCAUCAGCUCCUCCGACCAGGAGCACUCGCUGGAGGAGCGCGAGCCCAUGGUGUACGAGCUCUUCCACGUGCACAACGACACCAUCCUCAUGCAGGAGACCAGCGUCGACGACGGCCCCGAGCCCGGCGAAGCCGAGGGCGGAGCCGCGGCCGACGAGGACGAAGAGACGACCAUCGACGAGGUGAUCGAGGAGCUGCGCAACAUCAUCAACGACGCGGAGACGGAGGCGUACGCGGCCGAGGCGGCGGCGGUAGCGAAGGCAGGCAAGCGCAAGGAGGAGCCGCUGCUGAUCGCGGAGGACAGGCCGCCCGCCGUGGGCUUCACGGUGCGCAUCCAGGCGCUGGAGCGCGAGGCGGAGAUCGUGCCGGCCAGACUGCUGCCGCAGCCGCCGCGCCGCGCCCGCAGCCUGGUGCAGUUGGCGCCGCGCGCGCACGCGCACUACGUCUCCUCCAGCGCCGCCAAGAGCGCCUCCUUCUUCUUCGACGACGAGGACGACGACGAGGAGUCGCCCGUGCACUCCAGCGAGGAGGAGGACUCCGACUCCCUGCUCAGCAGCGCCGCCAGGGACCACUGCGGCACAAAGAAGUGGACAGUGAGGGAGGCGAAGUCCACGGCGGCGCUGAGGCUGAAGCUGGCGGGCGCGCCGGCCGGCGAGCGGGGUGGCGGCCGGCCGGUGCGGCGCAGCGAGUCCUUCCACCAGGUGCUGGCCGGAGACCCCGAGCGCCGGCAGCGGCUGCAGGGCCGCUGCGGCAGCUUCGACGGCCUCUUCUGCGUCACCGACUCGCCGCGCAGCCGGCCGCGCUCGCCGCCCUCCACCGCCGUGGUGCCCACGCUGGCGCGCAACCGCCACCACUCCAAGAGCCUCGACUGCAUCGACGAGGGCCUGCACGCGCUCGUCGAUGUGGUCCUCGCGUCGACGGCCGCCACCGCCGACCGGCGCAGCAGCGGCCGCGGCUCCACCACCGACGAGUGGAGUCUCGAGUGGGACAAGAACUACCUGGCGGCGGCCGGCGCCGGCUCGCCCUCGCUGGCAGCGUCGCCGCCCCCGCCGCCCAUCGCCAUCGUGCCCGUGUCGCGCUUCCCGGCCGCCGCCAAGCGCUACCCGCCCGACGGCGCCAGCAAGCCGCCCGUCUACCUGCCCGCCGCCACGCGCAAGAACUCCUUCGACGCGCCCUUCCUGGUGCGCGGCGGGCACGGCAACGCGGGCCUCUACUCGGGCCGACAGGCGCUCUCCAGGGAAGCCAUCGCCAAGCACAGCGCCAGGGCCCGGAGCGCCUCUUCCGCCGGGGCCACGCCGGGCCGCAAGGUGUCCGUCAGCGUCAAGGUCACCGACCUGCCCUCUGGACUCUACUAG